AUGUCCGAACUUAAUGCAGCUCCCGUUACGACGUCCACGUCACCAGCCAUGAAAAAGACCAAGGCUACAAAGUCGAAAGGGGAGAAGAAAGCAAGGGCGGCUCCCAGUCACCCCGUUUACGGCGCCAUGAUCAAGUCCGCCAUCAAGGAGUUGAAAGAUCGAAAAGGAGCUUCAAAGCAAGCCAUAUUGAAGUUUAUCGUGCAAAAAUAUAAAGUUGGCGAUAAUGAGAGACAGAUAAAUGCCCGUCUUCGAGUUGCUUUGAAACGUGGAGUGCAGAGCGGGCUUCUCACGCAAGCAAGUGGCACCGGAGCGGCCGGUCGAUUCCGCUUGGCCGAAAAGUCGGUCCAUGAGGCGACUACUAAAGUUCCCAGGAAGCCUAAAGUCAAGAGCAAGGCAAAACCAAAAGAGAGUGCAGAUGCAAGUCAUGAAAAGCAAGUGAAGAAAGAAAAGUCGUCAAGUUCGCCUAAGAAAGCCGCCAAGCCGAAGGCUAAGUCUGCUAAGUCACCACAGAAGGUUGCAAUGAAGAAGGCCGCUGGUAAGGCGAAAGCACCGAAAAAGUCGAAGAAAGCUACACCGGCUAAGGCGUAG